CGGCGAGAAGCGCUAAAUCAAAUCUGUUUCCGCGUUGUGCUUUCCGUUUUUCUUUGUUUUAUUUGUUGCUUUGGGAAUUUAGAAAUCAUUCCAGUGUGCGUCCUACCGGUGAGCAUAGGUCUAGUACUGUGCAUAGUGCUGCUCCAGUUCCGUUCGCCGUCACGGUGCAUUAAGCGAUAACUUUGCUAAUUUUGAAUUGCUUCCGGCUUCUGAGCGCUGUUUCCUCGGCUGCUAGUGUUGGGGGAGGAUCGGGGUUCAGUCGCUUUCUCACCGAGCAGCAUUUCAUUGGGCUUGGCCGAGAUAGUCAGCGAAAGAACUUCAUUUCGAUCGGUGGCAAUAAGGAUUCCAAAAGGGCGCGAGCGCGUUUUUACACCUUUUUGAAAUAGACGAAGGGAGAACGUGAAAAUGUCUCUGCCAAAAAUAGGACGAAUUUCAACCCCGCAACCUCAUUAUAUGCCAGGCUACACCGGUUACUGCCCGCAGUAUAUGUAUCGCAUAGGGAACACGUACUCAUCUCUAACGCAUCGCCUACUGAUCGACCCGCAGAUUGCUCACUCCGAACACUUGGUCCUCUCCGAUCGCACUAAUGAUGGAUACACGGUUGAGCGACUACCGGUGGCCACACAGCUCGAUGCCGAUGAUCGCCACCGAGAAGAUGAUGACUUGCGGGACACUAUCUAUCGUCAGACACCGAUGCCGGGAUACGAGGGUUACAUUCCCAGGACGAAGGAUAAGUUUGGCAAACGGUACGCCGUGACCACGACGGAAGGACUGUCCGAGUUUGAACGAGAUUGUCAACGCACUCGGGCCCAGCUGAAACGGUUGCGCCAUCGCGUUGCUCAGCCAAUCUCAACCAUUUCGAAAGGAAGCUUGGGAGAGCGAAUGUUCUGUCUGAACGACUAUGAAAUUCCUCUACGAUUGGUACGUCCUGAUGCGUUGAGCGUGGUAAAGGAGGUCCCCAUGGAAAACCUUCCUCCCUUACCAGCGCUUCCGUACUAUUCUCGUGAUACUCCACCGUUACUAUUGCCCAAUGGACAUCCAGAGAAGUGGAACAAACUAGGAUACACCGGACACAAACCAUUCCUGUGGCCACGCUUCGGUGAAGCUAAUGUAUCGCUGACGACCAAAGCGCUCUGUGACUUCACCAACAGCUAUCAGCACCGGAGAAGCACCGAAUGGGAGCCGAUCACGUUGGCCGGUGCUGGUACCUCCCAGCCAUCAGCCAAGGUGAACGAAAUUUAUCACAAAACGAUCGGCCUUGUACCGAAUUAUCAGGGCCAUGUUCCGGGUGCUACGUUUAGGUAUGGCAAGACCUUCGGUAACGAUAGCAAGGAUGCUAAAAAGUAUCUCAAACGAUGUUAGCUGUUUUGUGCGCAUGUGAAUCAAAAGAAACGUUUAGAGAUGAGGUAUAUGGUCAUAUAUUUCAAUAGCCAAAAGCCCA